AUGGAACACAUUUUGGAAGUAUUGCGUGUUUCAGUUGACAAUGAACAACGCAAGGCUGCUUCUGCUCAGCUUCAACUUAUCCAAAAGGAUGAUCCCGAGCAAUUUUUGGACUACACCUGGGCCCGCAUCUCGUCUUCGGAGGUUUCACAUGAUAUCCGUUUUUUCCUUUGCACUACCGUCGUGGAGUUCGUGAUGGAUACUUGGCGUAAUGCAGUCCCAAAGGCCCUCAAAGCGAAGCUGUUUUAUCAAUACGCGGACCUCGUGAUCAACGAGUGUCAGCCUUCUUUACUCUUGGCUCGUAAAAUGGCGUUGAUCCCUGCCUUGAUGGCUAGGCGAGAAGGUAGUAAGGCGAACCCCCUAGAGCUGCCAGACCUGGUAAGUUAUCUUGCAUUCUCAUACAUUGAUGUGUUGAUUGAUGCAUGCGGGGUUGAAAAGGAAGAAAGUGGUGAGAUUGGGAAGCACAUGAAUAUCCCUCUUCUUUCGCGCAUGCUGCUUAAUCUUCACAUGCUCAUGAAAACUCUAAGUGAUGAUCACGUCAAAGGCGUCUUCGGAACUCUAUGUCAAAAAAUUAUCCAACCACUUUCAAUCGUAUGUUCGCGUCUUUUUUUGGAUUCUGAUCCGAAAUCCUACGAUGCGUCCCUGUACUUCUUGAAAUGUUCUUCAUACGUCUUCAGUUAUGGUGUGUUUGAACCAAGCUUCUAUAUCUAUCUAUUAAAGACGACUUGGAGACUAUGCGAUGGGCUGAACUCCGCCGAGAGCCCAGACGCGUACGGUCGUCGACUCCGUCUCAUAGAGUACGCGAUGAAGAUACUGGAGAAUAUUACGACGUUCUACAUGGAUAAAAUUAGCGCGCUGCCGUUCACCUUUUUCAUGUCCUCCAUCCCGGCUGAUCCUGAUCCCGAUCCCGAUCCCGAUUUCCCCCCCCCCCUUUUCGAGUUGGUGGUGAUUCUCAUUGAAACCCGCGGGUUGGGGGAGACCCCGGAGGAGGUCCUCUCGGAGAAGAUCGUCUGUCGGGCCGCAGGUCUGCUGACGAAGUUUGUUCUCUUUGAUGACUGUGACGAGUUCGUGCAGGGGUGUGUACGGUCUUUUAGUGAGUCCGAGCUUCUCCCGCGGCUUCUCCGGCGCCUCGUGGUGGACUUCCUCCCGGACGACACCUCUAUAGAAACGCGGCAGGGGUGGGAGGUGGGGACGGAGGCGGAGCGCGCCGCCGAAGAUAUGGACCUCAGCAUCAAGGACAUUGACUCCAUCGCGGGCGCCGCGGCGUCGCUCUUUACCGCCCUCACCGGCUCCGCCGCAGGGGAGGCCGCCUGUCUUCGGGUGGCCUGGCCCCUUCUCAACGGGCUCCUGCAGGAGGGCGGCGAGCGCGAGGCCACUGCGGCCCUGCACGCCAUCGGCCUCGGCCACUACACCAUGGCCUUCAGCGAGAAGUUCACAUGCCAUAGCAGCUACCUCACGUUUCUCGAGAAAAAACUCAUGCCGAUUAUAUGGAAUGCCUCGUCUGGAGAUGUAGCCAUUAUGCCGAGCUUGUUUAUCCUCCGCCGCGUGAUAUGGCUGGUGGGAAUGUGGUGUGAGUCGGUGCCACACGUGGAGCAUCGCCUGCAGAUUCAUACUGCGCUCGGCAAGGUGCUCUGGGCCUAUCAGGACAACAUCGUUAUCGUGCUCACUGCCCUUCGCGCUGUGCAGAACUUCGUAUCGAGUUACAACUUUAGUGUGGGUGAGUUGACGUCAACCUUGCUCGAUACCAUAUUUGGGGCUAUCCAACGCCUUUUACCUCGACUUCACUCCCCGUAUUCGGUGAAGGAAAUGGCCGGGAUCAUGCACAUCUUGGUUGAAAAGGGCGCCGUGCAGGCCCAUGGCGAUUUCAUCCUCGACAUCAUCCUGCCCGCAGUCAUGCAGUUUAUCUCGGCCUGCGGGGCGGAGGAUGAGGGGGCCAGCUCCCGGGAUAUGAGCACUAUAAUGGCCCUGCUGGAUUGUCUUCAGAGCUCCACAAAGAUCUGCACGAGCGACGACGCGAUCUGCCGGAUGUAUUCGCUUGUCAUCCUCAAGUGCACAACGCCGGGGCUGCCCCUGACGCCGUGGGUGGAGGACAACGCCUGGGAGCUUCUUCUGGUGAUGGGUCGUAGCAUCGGCAGGGCGGGCACCACCUCUCUCCGAUUCUUCCUCAAGGAGGCCCUGUCGUGGUCCCUCCACAACACCCAGCGCGAGUUUUCCUCACUUUAUCUCACUAUACGCUGCGUCUACACGUUCUUGCUUAUGUGGGAUGGGGCCGCUGAGGACUUUUUCCCAGAUGAUUCUAUCCCAUUGAAAUGGCUCGAGACCAUGUGGAACACGAAGAGUACUAAGCUGCGAAUGGCGUGCUUUUGUGCGUUGGCGGUUAUCGUUCGAAAGAGUAGCUGUACUCGACGCCGUGUGGUUCUCUUGCACGCAUUAGGUCUGAUAGCAGCGUGUGAGCAUAUCCAAGCGACGAACGCCGGAGUACUGGCAGCGUGCUUGGUGUACUUCUGUCUGCCUGUACCAGAUCUGGCGCUGAGGAUCUUGCCUCCUGGCGAACCACACACAGCAUUAUCGGACUUGAUUAAUACAAUACAGCACCAACCUGCGCUUUUGGAGAAACUAGUAUUGUUAUUGGAUAUCUCACCAAGCCAUCUCUGCGUGUGCUUGAUUAACGUCUUGCUUCGGAAAUGCGUCGCGAUGAUUCCUAAGAUGUCUUCCGGAGAUCGCCAGAUGGUGAACAUUGCCUUGGAGAACCCGCAGGCCACUAUGAAUGCGGACUCGGUUGGGUACUUGAAAAGGAUCGACGAUGAUGAUAUGGAAGGUAAUCGCUCUGAAAUCGAAGUUAUCUUAGAGUUUAUGGAGGAUGAAGCUGUUAGACCCUGCUCCCCUCAUCUUCAACGGUUCAGGGUUUUUUUCUCUGAUCUGCUAACAUGA